CAGCAGAAGUGAGCAAUCUGAGUUUAGACCAACUCAAAAUGCCAUUCCAGAAUUCUUGGUAUUAUCCUUAAUCAUCUCCCACCAUCCAUGGCCAUUGAUUGACCCAUUAUUCCAUUCAUCCUCGUCCUCUUCCUCCCUCUUCCUCUUCCUCUUCCUCUUCAACAACAAUGGCAGAAGGAAAGAUUUCAGCAGCAGCAGCCAGGUCUCAUACCAGAAAAUCCAAAUCCAAUUCCAAUUCCUUCGCCGGGAUUUUGAAGAAAUUACUAGUCGUCUUCUUCGCUGGGUUUGCCGCAUGGGCAAUUCGUCCACCACCUCCCACCAAAUUAGGAUCUUCAGAUAUCACAACCCCAAGGAUAAAGCUUCGUGAUGGAAGACAUUUGUCCUACGUAGAAGCUGGUGUACCAAAAGACAAAGCCAAAUUUAAAGUAAUCUUUGUCCAUGGCUUCGACUGUAACAAGUAUUUUAACCCUUUUGCCGUCGCAGCCUCACCGGCUCUUGUUGAAGAAUUAGGGGUGUACCAUGUUUCAAUAGACCGACCUGGUUAUGGCGAGAGUGACCCUCACCCCAAUCGAACCGUAAAGAGCUUGGCAUUGGACAUAGAGGAGUUCGCUGAUCACUUGAACCUGGGACCAAGAUUCUAUGUGGCUGGAUACUCCAUGGGUGGGCAGGUCAUGUGGUCUGUUCUCAAGUAUAUCCCUCACAGGCUUGCCGGAGCAAUUCUUAUUGCUCCGGCCAUCAAUUACUGGUGGCCUAACCUCCCUUCAGACUUGACAAAUGAAGCAUUCUCUCGGCAACUUCCACAGGACCGAUGGGCUAUGCGUGUCGCUCACCACCUACCAUGGCUGACCUACUGGUGGAACACUCGGAAAUGGUUGCCUCCUUUUUCUGCUAUUGUCGGAAACCCUGUCAUUUAUUCUCCCUCAGAUGUAGAAGUUUUCACGAAGCUGUAUGCUGCCACUGCCGAAGAUCCAAAUAAGGCACAAAAGAUGAGAUCCGGGCCAAGACAGCAAGGGGAAUUUGAAUCACUCCAUCGUGACUUGAAUAUUGGAUCUGGGAAGUGGGAAUUUGAUCCACUAGAUGUGGAAAACCCAUUUCCAAACAACGAUGGGUCAGUUCAUUUAUGGAUGGGUGAUGACGAUCGGAUUGUCCCAGUGUCACUGGAACGUUACUUCGCCCAAAAACUUGAAUGGAUCAAGUAUCAUGAGGUGGCUGGCGCCGGUCACAUGAUGGCUUUCCAAGGUGAAGUAGUUGAUGCUAUACUUAAAGCAUCUUUUAACCUAAAGAAUUAGGUUGAAUCCAAGAAGAAGUAAGCAGUUGCUGAAUUUGAUCUUUCUUUGUUUCUAAUCCGAAGUGGUGUACCCACAUCUUUCAUAAAGUUUAGUUAUUUUAGUUAUAA